GACAGAGAAAGCAAGAGAGAGAAGACUGCUCUUGUUGUAUCAGAUUCAAAACUCUUUUUCAUUAGAGAAGCCGAGCAAAGCAAGGAGGGAGGAGGGGCAAAUGUUGAUUUUUCCCGUUGGGUCUCCACUCUCACUCUCCUCUCUCCAGCCCACCCCGUCUUCUUUGUAAAUAUAUAGAUUUUCACUGCUCUACUUUGGUAUCUUAGCUUUACUUUGCUUUUAAAACAAACAGAGCAACCCUCCCGGAGAAGAGAAGUAGCUCCUACUCAUAGAUAGAUUACUCUAGCCCCACCUCUCUCUCUCUCUCUCUCUCUCUCUCUCUCUCUCUCUCUCUACAAAACCAGGGGAGAAAGUUCCAGAUCAAACCCGCAACCGCCAGCAAGGGGUCACCAUCGUCAUUUUCUCUCAGAUCCGAAGCUCAGAGCUAAACCGAACUGCUUGCUUGAUUAGGCAAAGCUGAGCUGAAAGCUUAGAGAGAGAAGGUUCGUGACUCGUGCGGCCGUAGGAUUUUGGAAAAGGAAGGAUGGAGAGGAGUACGCCGGUGAGGAAGCCCCACACUUCCACUGCAGAUCUACUCACUUGGUCGGAGACUCCACCUCCCGAGUCUCCGUCGCUCACCUCCGCCGCCAGGUCGCACCAGCCCUCCGAUGGAAUCAGUAAGGUGGUGUUCGGAGGUCAGGUGACUGAUGAAGAAACUGAUAGUCUCAACAAACGGAAACCAUGUUCUGGAUACAAGAUGAAGGAAAUGACCGGCAGUGGCAUUUUCUCUGGUAAGGGAGAACAUGAAGAAGGCGAAUAUGGAAAUGCAAAUCUUACCCCUAAUGCUAGAACAGGGAUGAGAAUGUAUCAGCAAACUCUUGCUGGAAUCAGUCACAUUUCUUUUGGAGAAGAAGAGAGCGUCUCUCCUAAAAAACCUGCUACCUUGACUGAGGUUGCCAAGCAGCGAGAGCUAAGUGGUACCUUGGAAAGUGAGGCCGAGGCAGAGGCCAGGUUGAAGAAGCAGCUCUCUGAUGCUAAGUGCAAAGAGCUGAGUGGGAAUAACAUUUUUGCACCCCCACCAGAAAUUUUGCCACGCCCUACAACUGUCCGAGCUUUGGCACUCAAGGAAAGCAUAGAGCUGGGUGAACCUGCUCUGCGGGAUCCUGCUGGAGGACAGAUGUCAUCGGAAGACAACCUGAAGACAGCAAAGAAAAUUUACGACAAAAAGUUCUCUGAGCUCUCAGGAAACAACAUCUUCAACGGCGAUGUGCCUCCAUCGUCGGCGGAGAAGCCAAUUAGCAACGCGAAAUUGCGAGAGAUAAGUGGAAACAACAUCUUUGCCGACGGGAAGGCAGAGCAUAGGGACUACUUUGGUGGAGUCCGGAAGCCUCCUGGUGGGGAGAGCAGCAUUGCCUUGGUCUAACAUGGUGGUUGCUUGCUUUGCUUGGCUUUGUUUUAGCAGGAAGGAGGUCUAACUGUGUGUUCUUCACUGGUUUACUGUUUUUUUUUUGGUUCUACUCCUAGUGGUGACCUGUUUAUUAUUAUGAUGAUGAUAAUGCUAUUAUUAUUUAUUAGUAUGAUUAUUAGUUUAUUACGAUUAUUAUUUGACUUUUUUCUCUAUGGCCUUUUGGGUUUUCGACCAUGUGGGAACAUUGUUUAUUACUUUAUUAUGGCCUUCUGGACUCUGAUAAUCAGGAUUUUUUCUACGUUGAUCCAUAUUAUCGUUUUUUUUUGAGUGAGUUGUAAAUUUGUUCACUGAGAAUGUCACUCCAAAUGUCUUAUUACAUUAAUGGUCACUAACUUUACACUUUUAUUUUAUCAUUGGUCACUCUUCAUCCAAUUCUGUUGACUUGUUAAUUAUAAAUUAAAUAAAAAAUAUAAUUCAAC